CGAUGCAUCUGCAAACUUCGUGGGAGCCUCCACUCCACCGUCACGCACGCGAUUGCACGCGUGUACUUCAAAAUACACGCGUGCAAACGAGCUCAACCUCGCCACGUCCUGCAGGCGUGCACGUGCACUGAGUGACAACAUGGAUUAAAAUGCACAUUUCGAGCAACUUUAUUUUAUUUUUUUAAAUUUUGUAGAGUCUUAUUAUUGGGAAGUGCGUGACAUUUCCACGCCAACCCAACCGAGUGACCGCUCGGAAUAAUCAAAUCUCGUGCGCAAGUCUCGCCGGCUCUCAUGGGACUCGGUCACUCGUCGCGUUGUUUGCUGUUAAGGCGGAAGAUGGCGGAGGCGGACGGCUGCGAGCGGCACCAGGCCGUCACCUCCCACUUCUCCCAGUCGGCCCAGCCGCCCUGCACAGCCAAACCAGUGCCUGCCGCCCACCACCAACACGUGCCCCGCGUGGCCUCCCAACAGGCCGGCUGUCCCACUCGAGGCAGGGGGGCCAAAUUCAUCAGCCCUGAGGAGAUGACGUCACGAGAUUACUACUUUGACUCCUACGCCCACUUUGGCAUCCAUGAGGAGAUGCUGAAGGACGAAGUGCGCACGCUCACCUACCGCAACGCCAUGUAUCACAACAAGCAUGUGUUCAAGGACAAGGUGGUGCUGGACGUCGGGAGCGGCACAGGAAUCCUGUCCAUGUUUGCCGCCAACGCUGGCGCCAAACACGUCUACGGGAUCGAAUGUUCCGGGAUAUCGGAAUAUUCGGAGAAGAUCAUCAAGUCCAAUCACCUGCACAAUGUCAUCACCAUCUUCCAGGGCAAGGUAGAGGAGGUGGAGCUUCCGGUGGACAAAGUGGACAUCAUCAUCUCCGAGUGGAUGGGCUACUGCCUCUUCUACGAGUCCAUGCUCAAUACCGUCAUCUUCGCCAGGGACAAAUGGCUGAAACCACGAGGCCUGAUGUUCCCGGACCGGGCAUCCCUCUACGUGGUGGCCAUCGAAGACAGGCAGUACAAGGACUUCAAGAUCCAUUGGUGGGAAAACGUAUACGGCUUCGACAUGAGCUGCAUUCGCAACGUGGCCAUCAAGGAGCCUCUGGUGGAUGUGGUGGACCCCAAGCAGGUGGUCACCAGCCCCUGUCUACUAAAGGAAGUGGACCUCUACACGGUGAAGCCGGACGACCUGACCUUCACGUCGGCGUUCUGCCUCCAGGUGCAGCGGAAUGACUACGUGCAUGCACUGGUCACCUACUUCAGCAUCGAGUUUAGCAAGUGUCACAAGAAGACGGGAUUCUCCACCGCGCCGGACGCGGCGAGCACGCACUGGAAGCAGACCGUCUUCUACUUGGAGGACUACCUGACGGUAAAGAAAGGCGAGGAGAUAUUCGGCAGCAUCGCCGUCAGGCCCAACGAGAAGAACGUGCGGGACCUAGAGUUCACCCUGGAGCUGGACUUUAAAGGCCAGCUGUGUGACGCUGCCAUCUCCCACGACUACAAGAUGCGUUAAGCGCUCAAAAACAACCAUCCCUGCCCUGAGCGCCCUCCCUCGUCCGUACGAGCGAGCGCACCUCACAGGACGCCAUCCUGGCCGACCUCAGUGAUGUCAUCUGUAACAGCAAUAACACCAAAAAUGACAGACACACUGAAAAAUGGAACGACCUCAAUGGACCGCCUGAUCCGUUACGGGUCAGAUUGACCCGUUUUAACUGUAUUGUUUAGCAUGUGAAGGCUUUUGCUUAGUUGAGAACGCCCUGAAAUGCACCGCUGAUAAUGUAAUGUAGACGAAAGCUUAUGAAUUAAAAGCUGAGAGGAAGUCAAAUUUUCCAGUUGUCAUUUUAAACGUAAUUGCAAAUAUUUUAUUUAUUCUGAAAUGUAAUCACAUUACCAAUAGUGCAUCUAAAGCUAAUGCUACAAGCAUGAUUUCCCCAAACUAAUUUAUAGUAGUAUUGUGUAACAGUGACAACACGGAUCAUAUUGUGAGCACCCUUGCCGAAUGUUAAAUAUAAAAGGAGACCUCCACCAAGGCAUGUUCAUUUGCAGCAGGCCUUCUUCUUCAAAGGAUGAGUGCUGAGGAUGACGGUGGUGUCUCUCACCCGGUCCUCCUGCUCCAUCAACACCCUGAGGGCAUAUUCAAACAAGAAACUGUGAAUAUUAAAAGUCUACUGUUGUGGGACCAAGAUUAAUCAAUUCAAAUAAUUAAUAAGACCUCGAUGGAAAAAAAAGGGGAAACAAUAAAAAUCCACACCUGAA